AGGGAGGGAGGGAGCCGAGGAAGACGCUCCGAUAACCCGUGCGUUUCGUAAGGCUCGGAGCACUUGUACAUUUCUGCAGGCGCGUAGCGAGCCAUUCGCGGCGGCUGCUGCAGCUCUGACUGCAUCUUCCUCCUUCUCCCUCCCUCCAGCUCCGCGCGUGUGUAUGUGAGUGUGUGCGAGUGUGUUUUGCAGGUGUGUCCGUUUUAAUUCUGCCCAGGAGGUGGGACUUGGUGACUUUAGCACCAUUUUUUCUCCUUUUUAUUAUUAUUAUUUUUGCCUUCCCACCGUCCGUUGUUGCAACCCUGCAAAGUCUCGGAGUCGGAGAGCGCGCCUCAUUUCCAGAGCUCCUGGACCCCGCAAGACGGCGAGCGCCGAGCCGGCCACCAUGCCCGGCAGACCGCGCCACUAGGCGCUCCCCGCGGCUCCCACCCGGCGGCGGCGGCGGCGGCGGCCGCGAUGGUUUCCGACGCUGAAGGAUUUUGCAUCUGAUCGCUCGGCGUUUCAAAGGCAGAGGCCCCCCUCCCCCUUCCCCCCUCCCUCGUCGUCUUUGUUUCCUUCCCCCCCUGCUCUCCCCACUCCCCCCACCCCACCCCCCUCUCCUCUCCUCCUCCUCCUCUUUUUUAGAAGCAGCGAUCGGAGAUGGAUGUCUCUCUUUGCCCAGCCAAGUGUAGUUUCUGGCGGAUUUUCUUGCUGGGAAGCGUCUGGCUGGACUAUGUGGGCUCGGUGCUGGCUUGCCCUGCAAAUUGUGUCUGCAGCAAGACUGAGAUCAAUUGCCGGCGGCCCGACGAUGGGAACCUCUUCCCCCUCCUGGAAGGGCAGGAUUCAGGGAACAGCAAUGGGAACGCCAGCAUCAACAUCACGGACAUCUCAAGGAAUAUCACUUCCAUACACAUAGAGAACUGGCGAGGCCUGCACACACUCAACGCCGUGGACAUGGAGCUCUACACGGGACUCCAGAAACUGACCAUCAAGAACUCUGGACUCCGGAACAUUCAGCCCAGGGCCUUCGCCAAGAACCCCCACUUGCGUUACAUAAACUUGUCGAGUAACCGGCUCACCACACUCUCCUGGCAGCUCUUCCAGACGCUGAGUCUUCGGGAAUUGAGACUGGAGCAGAACUUCUUCAACUGCAGCUGUGAUAUCCGCUGGAUGCAGCUGUGGCAGGAGCAGGGGGAGGCCCGGCUGGACAGUCAGAGCCUUUACUGCAUCAGUCCUGAUGGCUCCCAACUCCCUCUCUUCCGCAUGAACAUCAGUCAGUGUGAUCUGCCCGAGAUCAGUGUGAGCCACGUCAACCUGACUGUCCGAGAAGGAGACAAUGCUGUAAUCACUUGCAAUGGCUCUGGCUCCCCCUUGCCUGAUGUAGACUGGAUAGUCACCGGGCUGCAGUCUAUCAACACCCACCAGACCAAUCUGAACUGGACCAAUGUGCACGCCAUCAACUUGACCCUGGUGAACGUGACAAGCGAGGACAAUGGUUUCACCCUGACGUGUAUUGCAGAGAACGUGGUGGGCAUGAGCAAUGCCAGUGUUGCUCUCACUGUCUACUACCCUCCACGUGUGGUGAGCCUGGUGGAGCCUGAGGUACGCCUGGAGCACUGCAUUGAGUUUGUGGUGCGUGGCAAUCCGACACCCACGCUGCACUGGCUGUACAAUGGGCAGCCACUGAGGGAGUCCAAGAUCAUUCACAUGGACUACUACCAGGAGGGGGAGGUCUCUGAGGGCUGCCUGCUUUUCAACAAACCCACCCACUACAACAAUGGCAACUACACCCUCAUUGCCAAGAACGCCCUGGGCACAGCCAACCAGACCAUCAACGGCCACUUCCUUAAGGAGCCCUUUCCAGAGAGCACAGAUUUCUUUGACUUUGAGUCUGACGCAAGCCCCACACCUCCCAUCACUGUGACCCACAAACCAGAGGAAGACACAUUUGGGGUCUCCAUAGCAGUCGGACUUGCUGCCUUUGCUUGUGUUCUUCUGGUGGUUCUCUUUAUCAUGAUCAACAAGUAUGGUCGCCGGUCCAAAUUUGGAAUGAAGGGUCCUGUGGCUGUCAUCAGUGGUGAGGAGGACUCAGCCAGCCCACUGCACCACAUCAACCACGGCAUCACCACACCUUCCUCGCUGGACGCUGGGCCGGACACAGUGGUCAUCGGCAUGACCCGCAUUCCAGUCAUUGAGAACCCCCAGUACUUCCGCCAGGGACACAAUUGCCACAAGCCAGACACAUAUGUCCAGCACAUCAAGAGGAGAGACAUCGUGUUGAAGAGAGAACUGGGUGAGGGAGCUUUUGGAAAGGUCUUCCUGGCUGAGUGUUACAAUCUAAGCCCCACCAAAGACAAGAUGCUCGUGGCCGUGAAGGCCCUGAAGGAUCCCACCUUGGCUGCCAGGAAGGAUUUCCAGAGGGAGGCUGAGCUGCUCACUAACCUGCAGCAUGAACAUAUUGUCAAGUUCUAUGGGGUGUGUGGUGAUGGGGACCCACUCAUCAUGGUCUUUGAAUACAUGAAGCAUGGAGACCUUAACAAGUUCCUCAGGGCUCAUGGGCCAGAUGCGAUGAUCCUCGUGGAUGGGCAGCCACGCCAGGCCAAGGGGGAGCUAGGGCUCUCUCAGAUGCUCCACAUCGCCAGUCAAAUAGCCUCGGGCAUGGUGUACUUGGCCUCCCAGCACUUUGUGCACCGGGACCUGGCCACCAGGAAUUGCCUGGUUGGAGCCAACUUACUGGUGAAGAUUGGCGAUUUCGGCAUGUCCAGAGAUGUCUACAGUACUGAUUACUACAGGGAAGGGCCAUGCCAGAAGGGCCCAUUCAGCGUGUCGUGGCAGCAGCAGAGGCUAGCAGCACCAGCAGCUUCCACACUCUUUAAUCCAUCUGGAAAUGAUUUUUGUAUAUGGUGUGAGGUGGGAGGACACACCAUGCUCCCCAUCCGCUGGAUGCCUCCUGAAAGCAUCAUGUACCGGAAGUUCACCACGGAGAGUGAUGUGUGGAGCUUUGGGGUUAUCCUUUGGGAGAUCUUUACCUAUGGGAAGCAACCAUGGUUCCAGCUCUCCAACACAGAGGUCAUUGAGUGCAUCACCCAAGGCCGUGUCUUGGAGAGACCCCGAGUCUGCCCAAAAGAGGUAUAUGACGUCAUGCUGGGGUGCUGGCAGAGGGAACCCCAACAGCGGCUGAAUAUUAAGGAGAUCUACAAAAUCCUCCAUGCUUUGGGGAAGGCCACCCCAAUCUACCUGGACAUUCUCGGCUAGUGUGACUGGUGGCCAAGCAUUUAUACUCUGUUGCCUCCUCUCUCCCUGCCUCAUAUCCACUUUUUCCUCAUCUCAACUCCUUUCUUCCAUCUUUGACUGAACCGAACAUCUUCAUAUAAACUCAAGUGCCUGCUACACAUACAACACUGAAUUUAAAAAAAAAAAAAACAAAAACAAAAACAAAAGAAAGAAACCCUGUAAGGCAGUUUGACAUAUAUAUUUAUAUAUAUAACUAUCUAUCUAUCUAUAUCUACAGAGAAUUACCUUCUCUAAUACAUAGAGACGCUGCUGAUACAGAAAACCAUAAGACAUUAACAACUGAGAACAUUUUAAAUAUUAUUAUUAUUAACACAAAUGAAAUUCCCUUGACUUAAGCUGUAGCCCAUGCUUCUUCAGCUCUGACUUUUCAGAGCUCUUCGUCUUGACUGGCAGAGAGAGAGAGAGAGAGAGAGAGAGAGAGAGAGAGAGAGGAUGGGAGGAGGCAUGGUGGUAUACAACCAUAAAUGCACAUGAGUGAUCCCUUGAUGAUGCUUGGCAAGGAGACAAUUCUGGAAGUCCAGGCCCUUUGGAAACAUCUCUGGUCUGCCUUGACCUUUGCCUCCACUCUUUUCCUCCUCGUUGGGACAAUUUUCUAAUUUCUCCAUUCUACAAAAUAUACAGUCCUGAUGCUUUUGGGAAUCGAUGACGACACCUACGAGCAAAUACUGAACAAAUACCAACACCAGAUCACUCAAGAGCAAAGCCAUCCACGAGCCACUUAAACACCGAAUAAGUCAGGGUGGGGGACUCCGGGAAGAGCAAACCCCAACCUUCUAGAUGUAAAUCACCCUCAAGUUCCUUCCUAGGUUUGGAGAGGUUUGAUCCUCUGAACCUGAAGAACUGGACUUGAUGGAUUUUAAGGACCGAACCGAGGAACUAAAAACCACUGAAGUCUGGAUCCUCUCAAGGCACUGCCUCUCAUCUUUCCAUCACUGGGAGGACUCUGGCCCGUCAUUUCACUUUCAGGCCCUUGGGAGUCUGGAGGUUUAAAGUCCACAUUCUCUAGUGUCAUCUGCUAAUGUGGACACAGCAGGCUUCAGGGUAUUUGCUUAUUGGCUUGUAGAUCAUAAUUAGGCACCCCCUUGGGUCUCAUUUCUUAUCUUGCUUCCCCCAUAUCCUGAGGUUCUAUCAAGUCUUGGGUAAACCCAAUUGUCAGGGAAGGAAUCCAGGUGAGAGCCCGAGGCAUGUGUGUUUCAAGAAGUCAGACCCUGGCACUGGCAAAAGUCAGCAGAGGAGAAUCUACUUGGCACCUGUGCUGGGCCCUUGGCAUUCUCCUCACGUUUUAAGCCCUUGGAAGGAUUGAUGCAUCUGCCUUUGAGCUGCUGUGAAAAAGGCGGGGACUGAGAAAUCGCUUUGUGGGCUGAGUGUGGGGGGGAGGUGGCCAGUGUGGUGCGGCGGCUGAAGCUUCUCUGGAAGAUGUCCAAUGAGUGACCAGUGCCACAAACUUGGCAUCUUAAUGAGGACCAAGAGCUGCUGACCAGGGAGUGACAAUGAAGCAUCUGGGCUGGGGCCAGUCCCCCAGGCCUGAGCUCCCGGGGCAUCACUGCCUUUCCCAUCUAUGCUGCUGAGGACUGCAAGAGAGAAGGUCUCUGGACAGCUCUCAGACACAACAAUGAAAUGCCCCCAGGGAGUCAAGAGCCUGGCCACACCGAGCCAUCCUGCUGAGGAGGAGGGGAUGCGCCCUUCGUAGGGUACCUGUCUCUCCAACUCAUCCCAAGCACAGAGCUACCUAACAGACUUUUUUCCUACCAGAAGCUCCCAGGAGUCACGGACUAUCACUUCCCUUUCCAGCUGAAGAAACUGUCUACAGCCUGGAUAUCCUGGCCAGCCCAAGGCAGCUGAAGUAUGGCAACUCUGUGGCGGAUUUAGGACUGGAUUAUGUGUUUGUGGUUUUACUUUUUUUUUUUUUUUUUUAAAAAUACCAACAAAUGUUUUUAUUCAAAUAGAAAAGAGCCGUGCUCAGAUUGUAGCCAUGGUUGGGAUUCAGGUAUCAGCAAGCCUGCUUAGCUGGACUGGGGAGAGAGUUGGGCUAACUAGGAAUUCAGUGUGGAACUUCUUACUCUGCUGGGUACCUGGCCCCUGAGGACAUCAGGGAAAAGCUCUUUGGAUUGUUCCCUUCAAAAGAACUCUUUGCUAUUCUGUGGCAAUUACUUCUUUAUUACUCCUUGAAUCAGUCCACCUGAGGCUUUGGUCUCUGCUGGGGAGAUGAACAUUGGGUGGAAGUUUCCAUUCCAGUUUUAAUCUGGAUAACUAAGGGGGAGACAUUCAGGCAAGGAAUGACUGGGUAGGGUGAGGAGAAAGUGUUUUCUACUUAGAAGUGAUGUUCCCAGAUCUAAAGGCUUUGGGGCAGAGGGUGGCGUGCUGGAAGAAGUAGAGAACUGAAGGAGUUUAGAGCCUUAAUGGGAUAGUUGGGAGAAGGGACAAGACUGAACUUGCUCAAGUGUCCUUGUGUUAGUUCCAUGAGCUUCCACAUUGGCAUCAGGGGCACCUCCUCUCAAUGCCCUCCAUUAUCAGCUGCCUGUGUAACAGUAAGAGAGAGGGCAAUGGAGUUAGGAGGGAUGCAGAGCGGGACCAACCUUCUUACUAUCCCGGCAACCUCUCUGUGUAGAUUUUUACAUGUGGACCUUGGAAAGUUGGAGAAAGGGCUCACGGUACUUCGGAGGGUAAGAACCUGCAGACCAGCCUUUGGAUAGUGAAGUGUAUUCUAGGGCUUUGGAGUAUGCAGAGUGUCUUACUCCUCCUGUACUGGCACAGGACAUAGACGACUCACUUCACUGUGUCAUGCUUUCCUUAUGUGCAAACUAAGGGGUACCCUUAUUACGUCCCCAUCCUAUUCUAGCUCUGAAUUUUUAGCUUCUAACAGCACGGGGUCACUGUGUCACUUUUUUUUUUUAUCAGCAUCACUCUGGGAUGCCUAGAAAAUUCUCCUUUGGCCUUGCACGAGCAGAAUGCGGUUGUCUCUGAGGACAUACUGUACUUGGGCUGGGGUUGGUUCCAGUAAGUCAGUCUGAUCCUCUUUUUCCCCUACGUCACAACAUGCAAGAAUUUAAAGUGUCUGAGACUACUUCAGACUGGGGUGAGGGGGGCACUCUGUCUCAUUCCCUACCCCAGCCUUCCCCUAGAUCAGAAAAUUGAUAUUGGUGGUUUAUUUAUUUAUUAUUUAUUUAUUUAUUUUGGAAAGAAUCUAAUGUGGUCGGUCCAAUGAGUCUAGAAUUGACAUCCCAUGAGCCCAUGUAGCCACUGCCACCUGCUUUAUCCGGCUUUCUACAUAAACACAUCUACACCUUUGAAGGCCAUGCCAAAUUGAUUUAGCCCUUAGCUUGAAGUUAACUUGACUAUGAGCACUUGUGAAUGUUCCAGGGAACCCAUGCUCAUCUCUGUGCCCUGUCCCUGUCACCUGGGCCACUCCUGGACUAACAAAGGGUGACUUGGAUAUCCAUUGUAGAGCGGGGUGUCAUGGCCAAGGGUCCUUUUAGUUAUUUGCUUUGGGCAUGAGCUUGAUGCUCCUUUCUGACUUACUUCGGCUCUUAACUGUGAGUGGUUGUCAAGGGUCACUAAGCGUUCGCUAGUCAAUAGACAAAGGACUUUGGGCUUCCUCCACUCAGCAGAUCAUGCACAAGUUAUUCCCAGAGAAGACUUUUCCCUGGAGGUGGAGAGCCUCCAUUUUUUUCUGGGCGUGAGCUGAACAGUGUUGUUCAUCUCUGGUGACGCUUACCUGGUGGAACACACUAGUGCAAGUACUUCUGGUGCUAACUAGGACAGAAACCAGCGCCCAGUGAAGAGCUUCAAAACAGAAGUAGGGUGAGUCAGCCAUGCCAGAAGAGCACUGCAUACAGCCGGAAGACCCCUGAGAGCCCUGCCUCUGUGCUUGGCUACCUGUGAUGUGAUUUGGGCUAAAUCUGCAUUUCUUUGAUUGUCCGUCUUCCCGCCUGAGGUGCAUGGGGUUAGACUAGGUGGACCCUUAGUGUCUACUUAGUUUGAAAGGCUAUUUUGAGUCCCACCUACUCCUCUGUUCUAAGGUUGUUUGCUAGAAAUGAGAGAUGAAAAUGGAAGGAAGGCAAGGAAGGAAAGGAACAAAAAAAUUACUGUUGACAAAAACCGACCGUGAAAGGAAAGGGAAGAGUAUUUAGUGGCUGGUAUGGUUGAGGGACACUGGUGCAGGAUCCAGGCACACAAGUCGGGAAGUCGGUGUUUGUGUUCUUCAGGGGAGUCUACCCUGCUCUACCAGCCAUCUUCCCGACUUCACAUGCCCACGUUGGCAGAAAUGAGUCUGGAAUAUGGAGACAGUCCUGCCCACCUCCCAUGAAAAGCAAGUAGUAAUCUGGACUCUGGGUCUGAAACCAGUAGGUUUUUAUAUGUACAUGCUUUCUCUUUUACGUCCCAAAAUAAGACUAGUGGCAUAUUUUUUUCCCUUUUCUGAACCAAACAGCAGCAGUAAUAUCUUUAUACUUACCUGAGAGUUUUUGCAAACUUUGCAAUUCUUUGCUUCCAGGGGAGCAUAGAAAUAUUUGUAGAUGAUCAGUCAAUGAAACCAGAUUCCAUGAGUCCCAUGAGACAACCUCAAACUCCAGUGUCUGCUUUAGUUGGGCACCAACCUGAUAAAAUGCACAAGGUGUUUACCUCAAAGCUAAAAAUGUCACCUUGAGCUCAGACCCUGUGAGCUGUAGUCACUCAAUAUGAUUUUAUUUCUUCAAGAUUCACAUGUAUUUGGUACCAAAUAAAUUGUUUCAACCAAUACUUAACAGGGCUGGAAGGGGAGUUCCGAGUUUGGGCAUCAUUAUUAAACACAUCAGUUUGGACUUCAGAACCUGUUGGAGGAUUGCUCGAAUAUUACCAGGGAAGCAUUCCUUUUCAGCUCUAGCCAUAUGCACGUCAUGUGUUCUAACUAUCCACUCGAUGCUCACAGAGUCACAAAAGCCUCCCUGGAAUCAGCAAAUCAGUGAAGUUUGGGGUUCUCUUUGUACUUUAUGUUUCUCCUGGAUGAGAACUGCAGAGCUGGACUGGCCUUGGAGAUAUUCAGGAACAUCCCAAAGGGAAACUGGUUAUCUCAUAAAGUUUGAUCAUCUGAUGCUCCCCAUACUAAAUUAUAUUGACAAUAACAUCCGAACAUCUCAACAUCAUCCCUCCUGGUUUUCUGAUAACUCAUCAUGCAGAAACCCUUUCUACUUAAAUGUUGUUUGGGAUUUGUUAUUGGAGUUACGGGGUGGGGGGGGGGCAGAUGGAACCUCCUCCAGGAGGGAAGAGAGGACCUGAAAGGAAAGCAGCCGACUGUGCUGUCUGAUAGGCACAUGUGAUGGUGGUGGAGGAGGUGACAAUUUGUUUCAAUACACUGGGUUGUCCUACCCAGGGCCCUGCAUUUUAGCUUCUGAACAGGGUUUCUGUUUUUCUAGUGCAUUCUCUCCAAACACACGUGUGUGUGUGUGUGUGUGUGUGUGUGUGUGUGUGUGUGUGUGUGUGCAAUAAGUUUUUAAUGUACCAACAGAGACACCUUUCUAUGAGAUGUGGACUCCACCUGAGAGAACUCGGAAUUCCUUUUCUUUUCCUUCUUGUUAGCAAUAUUAAAUCAUAUAAAAUCAUGGGUUUCCUUAUGAUACUUUCAAAUAUGUGAAUCCUUGGAAUUCCUUACCAUAGUCAUAGAAUUCAGAUUGCCGUUCCUGUAGGCGGCUAGGUUCCAACUUUAAGACAAGGCCUGGUUUGAUAUUUGCCAUAAGAAUGCUGUCUUAAACCAGCAAGUAAAAUUCCGUCUUUCAUACAGAGGUAAGAUGGUAAAUUCUAUUAACUUUUUUCCCUGAUCAUCCAGGAAGAUAUGGAACUCCAAGAUCUAAGCACAGAGUUUUCAAGAGAUAUUUAUAGUCCACAAGUAGAUGCUUUUAAUAGAAGAUGGAUUGAGAUAACACAGAAGACAAGGAGCCUACAGAACUCCUACUUCUGAGGCGCUUCCAGGCAUUUUGAUAUUGCUUUCCUUUAGUAUCUGAGAGGAUUCAGUCUUUUCUCAUUUUCGGCAGUUGGAAUUUAGACCUCUUUCCUGCAAGAAUAAAGGUAGUGUGAGAGCCCAGCUAAGCACUGUGUAGUCUAGCAUUCCUUUGGAUGCAGUAUCCCCUUAAGUGAGUGAGAAAUCACACGUUCAAAUCCAAAUCUGGUAUUUAUUAUUUCAUUUAAGAAGCAUUCCUAGGAGUGUGACUUUUAAAAGGAACUAAGUUUAUAUUCUCUGGAGUAGUAGGACCUACUCAAUUUCUCCCCUUGGAGAUUAGUCCGUGUUCUGUCUCUAUUUCUAAGCUGCCUGACACUUGCCUGGUGCCCUUGACGCUACUUCUGGACAGGAAGAGAAAGCCUGGUCCAGUACUGUGACUUCUGCUGCCCACAGGAGAGGAGUACAUUUCAGUAAAGAGUUUCUUCUUUCUGCUUUUUCAUUUCCCCCUUUUUCUGGGUUCGCAUUCUCUGGCUUCCAUGAGACAGAGGGUCUGGAUUCUGACAGUCUGAGAAAGUCAUAAUAUGAGGUGAAUCCCAGGACCACAAACAGUUUGGACUUCAAACAGUGAGAAAAUUGGCGCCGAAUGAUUCGGCACACAAGGCAGAAAACUUUCAUUUCCUGCAGGCAGGAUGGAAUUGACUGUUAUAUUAAGACUUCUGAAGGAGCCCUGCCCUGGAGUAAUUUCAGUGCUGUCAGACAAUGUUGACAUCUAGAUUAACCUCUGUGCAGUGAAUUUGACUGCACAGCUCAUUGAGAUGCAUGUGGCGUGUCCCUGUAAAUCCCAUCUGAAACCCUUGGUGGCCCACCCACAGCAACCCCCUCUUCCGUCUUCACCUCCUGAUCUCACAGUCCAUGAACUUUUAGCCUCUGGGAGCAAAGGCACUAUGGCUGGGGUCUGACCCUCAGAAAUGGAGUUUUGACCUUUCUGUGAGCAUGAUAUAGUCCUGCCUCAUGUUUGCUGCUUGGUCAGAGUGACAGCUCUUGUCACUGUAUCGUUUUUCUCCCAGAGGAGACGGCAAAUCAAGGCAUGAAAGCCAUUCCACUCAUGACAAACAAUUUUAUGACUGAUCUAAAAGUGAAAUGGUCUACAGAGGAGCCAAGGGCCCAGAGUUGGUCCAUCUGUAUGCUUCCAGUCUUUCAGGUUUCAAGAAAACAGCAAAUGCAACAAGGUCAUGACCACAGAUGAGGUGGGUAGGGUCUGGCGGCUGGAAGGACUUGUCUUCUAUACAGGUGUUUCCUCUGGUCCUUUUAAUAAAGGCAUCCCAGACUCCUACUCACCUGGCUGGGAUAGCGCCUUGUAGGAAGCUCUGAGCCCUUCUUGCUCAUGGCAUGAUGCCACACUGAGAUCCCAUAGUUAGAUGAAACCUUUCAGAUAAGGUGGCCCACAUCAAAAGUACAUACAUCUCAUGCAUCAAAAAUUCUGAAAAGGGACCUUCAGCUUGGUCCCAGCUACCUCCAGACUCUGCAAAGCUACUCAACAUAAUCCCAGGCAUUUCUGAAAACACACCUCAGGACUUUAGAAUACCCUGCCCAAAUCUGAAGAACAAAUUUCUCUACAGAAUCAUUGAAUCUGAUUCUCCUUCAAAUUAUUUUUCCUUCUUUGCUUCUUUAGUAUAAGUAGUGGGGAUCUCUUUCUAUAUUCUCAGAUACUUCUUUAGGAAGUUUUUAGCCAAGGACAUUGUGUUUAUUGACUAAGAAAAUAGAUUUCUGGGCUGAGCAAUAUAGCAGUCACACAGAGGAAAUCUUGAUGACUUUAUUUAAAAGCAAUUAUCAGAGCUGUGUUUUGUUUUUCUAGCUUCUCAAGCUGACGGAGAACAAACCAUAUUCACCCCCUCUGUUAUUUGUCAUAUGUAUUCACUUCCACAUAGAAGUAAGCGCAUGCAUGCAAAUGCCUGGGUAAUUCUAUUGCAUCUAGACCACAGUGCCCCAUUUGUGUUUCUUUCCUUGAUCUCAGCGUGUGUGUGCAAAUGAGUGCACCACACGUGUGGUUUCCUCACUGUGCCUCAUCAUUGUUUGUAUUAGCAGCACAAAGCCUAUGACUUUCUGCAUUAUGAGUUAUUUACAAAGUUGAGGCUCCUUUGAUGGAGAAAAAAAAUACCCAAGUUCUCAAAAUUUUCAUACAUAAAGACAGGACUCCUCCCCUAUCUUUUUUUCAAGGUUAAAAAAAAAAAAAACACCAAACAGACUGAGCCUUGAUUCUGAUUAUCUGUAAUUAAUUUUCUGGGGGAAGGGGUAUCAGAUUCAUCAUAAAUAUUAUGUGUAAAGAUAAAUGUGAAUGAGUUUAUGCUGACUAUUGACCUAACCAUUGGCUAUAAAACUCAAGUGUUCUAGUGGAACUGUGGCAUGCAGUCCUUGGGACACAAGAAGAGAGCUGAGUUAGGAGCUGAGAGGCUGGAUUAUAGGGCGUUUGUCUGGGCACCUGAAUGAAUAUCAGCUCUUAACUGAAAGCAGGCAAACAGGCUGCAGACUGCUCUCCCUCAAACAGCAGUGAUGAGGAAAGCCGCUCCGUUCUAAUCUGUUGCUCAGGUUAGUUCCUGACAAAGCAUAUCAUAGCCGGUAUUCCCUGAGAGCACAUCUGCAGACAUCCCAUUCCAAAGGGCCAGAGUCGUUUGUUUGCACCAUAUGCUCAGUUUCUCACUUACAGCUCUCUCCGAACUCUAAAUCUUAUCUGUCUCCAGCUCCCUACCUCACCUUUUAGAGGCCAGGCUCUAAGAGCUCUAGAAAGUGGAGGAGAGUCUGGGUGUCUGAUCUCUUUAGCCUGAGCAUGUUGUGAUUUAGUCUGGGUUUCUGCAGAAAGAAGCAAGCUGCUCUCCCAGCCAUCCAUCAGUCUCUUUCCAGCUCCAUGGACCAAAUGAUUAGCGCUCAUUAGCGCCUCAUCAGUUGCUUUGGCACAGGAGACUCUGGUACAACCGGUCUAUUAUAAGGCCCCAGUCUGUCUUUUUGAAGUCAUCUCAUCCUUCUGGCGUGCUUAAGAAAAGCAAGCCUUCCUACAAGCAUGUUUUCCUUCACAUUUCUGUCUUGUUUCCUGGCUGCUGAAUAUUCUAGUAAAUGACAAAGUACAGUUUUUCUUUUUUUCUAGUCUACUGUGAGCAGGGGCCGUGUCUCCCCAUGGACCAGAGCUCUGUGUGUCAGCCACGGUUUAUGCAGUCUUGGGACAGUUAAAAGAGUGAGCCACAGAUUUGGUGGAGGUGAUCUUUAUUGUGAUGGCAUGAGAAAGGUUUGUACCUUAAGAAAGGAACUGAAUCAACACACCGUGGAAUGGCGAUGGAGGAGAGGUCAACUGAGGAUCUGGGAAGCCAGACUUUCUAGUCCACACAUCACUUCAUAUCAACAGAUGUUUUAGCUGUUCCAGCAAUGGUUCUUACAGACACAAAUAGCCACAUCCACUAGUCAAAAAUAAAUCCAUCAUUUCUGACGUCUGACACAACCACUUAUUUUUUAAAAUCCUAUUUUUCCUCAUGAGCUGGAGAAAUUGCUCAGAUUCUAUGAGCACUGGCUGCAGUUCCAGAUGAGCUGGAUUUGAUUCCCAGCACCCACAUGGAAGCUUACAACCAUCUGUAAAUCCAGUUCCAGGGAAUCUCACACCCUCUUCUGGCCUCCACAGGCAUCAGACAUGGAAGUGGUGCACAGGCAUUCAUACAGGAAAAACACUCACACACAUUAAAAACAAUCUCUCCCCUCUCAUAACUCUAGACAGCGUAAGCAUGUUUCUUUUCUUGGUUUCUACUAAUAUCUUCAUUGUGAUUCCCAGGUUUUUAAUUUUUUUAUCUGCAUUUCCUUAGGAAAGAGUUGAUGGUCUAUUUUAAGUUCUAUCUAUGAAGAAAUGUCAAGACAGAUGCAAAGUGAGGGAGCAAUGGAGCCAAAAGGUAGAGGUCUUAUGAGCCUUUAUUUCUUUCUGAUCAGCUUCUUGCUCUGUAAAAGCUCUGCUAACAGCCUCUUCCCUGCCAUUUACUGAGGAUUAUCAUGAGCAAUAGAGUCAGCCCUCAGUGGUGUCCCUAAGGCCCCAUGGUUGUGAAAGCCUACUCCUUGGGCAGCUGGCGCUAUUUGUGGUUGAAACGUUUGACUUUUUGGCUGUGUUUGAGGUACACCUUCCUUAUUCCCUCCAAUGGUUGGUUUCUAAAGAGUUAGUCAUUAACCUUUUUCCACCUUGAAUCAUCAGCGCAUAUACAGUAAUGGAAAAUAUGUUGCAAUUCUACCAGCAGAAAGGGAUGUUUUACCCACUUAGUAGGGGUGAUCUGUAGAUUUCAUUUUCUGGCAUGGAACCCUGGGACAUCUUGAAGCCAAAUAGCAUCUUCUCUGCUUUAACUCCUUAUUAACUCAUUGCUGCUUUGAAGAGGUGCUGUAGAUUUCAGAAUAAUGCCUGGUAAAGUAAGACUGCAUUAUUUAAACAAAUACUAAAACUGAUCUUGCAGGGAGAUUGAGGGUGAUAAUGAUCUUGAAGCUUUCUAGGGACUGUGGUCCCCACAAGGGAAAGGCAGGGAUAAUCAGAAGAUGGAGAAAGCUAUCCUGGUGAUGACCAAACUCAAGGCUUCAUUUUCAAUGGCCCAGAGCACAACAGAGAGGUUCCAGAGGGACUCCUGCUGAGGAACAUGUCUGGCUGAAAAUGAAACCCCAGACAAUAAAUCCUGAGGCCAGAUUGCCAAGGUUACAGCAGUGAAGUCAUUUACAGUCUCUAAAAAAUGUCCCAGGUGUUUGUGAUGCCAAGCACUAUUUUAAGUUCCUUGCUACGAAGACUACUUGGAAAGUGAAAUCUUUCAAAUGUUAUUUCCCUUCAAUUUCCAAGUAGCCAUCAGGUGUGAUAUGUCUGACAAAAUGUUGUCUGUGUGUUGUGAAAGGAUUUUGACCACUCAUGAGAAAAAGCAAAAUAAAGCCGAGUACCAAGAAUCCUGAGAAACUCGGAAAUGUUUCACUGGAGUUCAGAUGAUCACAUCUUCUUUUUUCUUUUGACCUUGGGCUUAGUGUUCGUUUUUCUGAUACAGGAAAACAGACUUUCUGUUCUAGACUUCUAUCUGAGUGAUUUUUUCCCCCUGCCAUUGUCUGCCAGGCAGAAAGCACCCCAGAUUUCUUUGAAAUGAGAAUCCAAAUUGGGAUAUGUUUGUAAAUUGUGGUGUGAAAUUGAAGAAGGCAAACUGGUUUGGAGUGGUGUUUCCUAAUUCUCUUGGAUAGGACAUAGGCUCUUCUAAGCUUUGCUAAAGCCUGCUUGGAACAAAUAGUUUCACAGUGUGACUUCCUACAGACAUGACUGAUAAAUUAAAUAUCUCAAAGGUAUCAUUUAAGAAGUAAAUUGAUGAACAUGGAAAGUUUGAGCUAAUACGCUAACAGGAACAGUAAGAACUUACUUUAAUGAUUGUUUUCAUUCCCUUCUCUGAAAGUUUAGCCUUUUGGGGGACCAUUGGGACAUUUCUUUUCCAAGGCUAGCAGAGAUUGAUUAUAGUUCAUGUCUAAAAGCAAAGGCUCUCUUGAGCCUGCUGGGGUUGGAGGUAACCCCAAAUGGCCCAUGUUAUUUUUCUGAUACAAGUACCACAGCAACAGGAGUCUUCUUGAUUAUGUGUUUGGAUCCUGGUGGUUUGCACAAGGGAUUUGUCAAAUUAAAAAGAAAAGAAAGCAAGUUGGGGCAAGAAAAUUCUGACUAAAUGUGGAAAACAAAUCAGUUCUGCCAGCAGACAUUCCUGUACUAUUCAGUGAAGAAAUACAUUCUCUUUUCAAGAUGAGUUUUACUUUUUGAGGUAUGUGUGCUGUGCUGUGUGUGUGUGUGUGUGUGUGUGUGUGUGUGUGUGUGUGUGUAGGUGGAAGUCAGAAACAAGUAUGAAGAUGUUGUUUACACAUUUAGAUGUUCUCUUGAGCACAGUAAAAGCUCUGUUCAGUUUCUUGGAACAUGACAAUAAAAUUAGGGUUACAGAGGAAAUAAAGGCUGGUGUUUUAGAACAAUGUGAAAUAGUCUCUAAAUAUUUCUUUCUGAAACCUUCAGUCAUAGCAAAUCAAGUCACCCUCCUAUUUGUUGUUGAUAUCAGGGCAAAAUAGUCAGUGCACAAUCCCUGCUGGUCCUAUUGCUCUAUCUGUCUGUGGGCCUCUCUUCUGAAGGCAUGGAAUCCUUAAUUCAUGCCAGCAUCUUGGCCAACAUGGCUAAAUGAUGAAAUUGCUUAGACAGUGUAGAGUAAGCUACCCCAUGUAGAUUUUUGGCAAGGUGUUAAUUCUUUCUCAUGGGCAUUAGGGUUGUUUUAGAGGUUUUUUUUUUUUUUUUUUUUUUUUUUGCCUCAAAUGAUAUUCCAAGUGAUUUGAAAUACAGUUUGAGACCUUUCACCUAAUAUUAACCUCUGUGAAAGGACAAUUUAGUUUCACAGUAGUAUUUGGCUUUGCCCAUCCCAGAAGUGUAAAUUCUGCUGUGAUCUUUGCUGUGAUCUUGCUAUAGGGUUUCAGCACCAGGGACAGCAGUCAUUUUCCUCAUAUGAGGUCUAGUCUGGUGAUUGGAUUUCCAGACAGGAAUUUUUCCAUCAGUCCCUACCCAUUGAACUUGGAAGAUUUUAUUCUUAAGUUUUGGUGCUUAUGUAUUUAAAUUUUCAUGAUCCAGGUAUUACUGCUCUAGUUGGAAGUGUGAACCUGGGAGGGAGUGGAGCUGAAAAAUGAGUUGGACUGAAGUCUCAUGCAAUAGCCAACUUUAUUCAGAGCACCAGACAAUUUAUAUUCUGAGGUUAUUCUGAGGAUUAAGUAGGGUCAUGGACAAAGUUCAUGUGAGUUUAGGCUGUAUUCAGCCACAAGGAGAGCUGGUGCUUGGAAACAUCUUUGAAUAACAAACGUAAGCAGCAAUAUGUAAUCAAUCUGAAGCAAAUCUACUCGUAUUUACUACAAUUGGGAGGGCCACAAAAGCACAUUCCAAGAACAAACCAUGUUAUGGUGAAACAUGGGUUACAAGACUUUUGCCUUGUUUCCUUGGGGUUAUCUCACAAGCUCUUAAAAUCCUCCUCAGACAGCUUUUCAUUCAGGGACUAUGUUCCAACAUCAAAAUCCAGGAAUAGCUUUUAUUCCCCCGCCCCCUCCCGAAACUGAUAUAGCUGUUUCUGCCAUAUCCUUGGCCUGCUCACAAAGUAUAGACUGUGACAGUCAGGUUUCCCAGAGAUGGGAAAGACUGAGGUACCAGUGGUAGAAAUGCUUUGGGGCAGGAAUCCCUUCCUUAUAGGCACCCUAGACUUGCAAACUCCUAUAGGGAAUACUACUCAUUGACAACCACUUCUAAAAAAAAAAAUAAGCAUUGUGUUCACAAUAUACAAGGCCAUGGUUCAUUGGUAUGCAUCCAGAAGCAGUAAUACCCAGCAAUGGAGCUGAAGUUCUGACCUCUGAGGACAAAGAAGGGUCUAGCAAUGCUGUCAUCAGGUAUUUUGGAAACUUGUGGAAGGCUACUACUUUGAAUCUUGGCAUCCAGUUUUUAACCUUGAGUGCUGUUCAACAGCUCUUUUUGCCUUAAAUAUUCAUGGUAAGAUUGGAAGUAGCUCCUCAUGGCUUUCCCCAUGCCUGUCCAAAGGAGACACUGGGAAAAUGGGAGUAACAGAAGCACAUGUUGUCACUAUGCUUUGUGAUCAUCCAGUUUUCCUAUAGCACAACAAUGCAUAGGUGUCACCACAGAGGUAGUACAGUCUUCUGUUGUUUACUUGGCAUCCUCCUUGGGGCCCUCUCUCCAAGAUGGUAACUGAAUAGCAGCUCUUUCCUCCUCCUCCUCCUCCUCCUCCUCCUCCUCCUUCUUUUUCCUUUUUCUUCUUCUUCACAGGUGUUACACAAAGUCCAUUUUGGCUGUCUCUGAAUUAUCUGAGACCUGAUCAAGCUAUCAUUCUUUCUAGCUCCCCUUUCUCCUCGUCUUUUAAAUAUCCUUCUUUCCCCCUCAUUAUUACUUAUAACAAUACAUAGUAUUUAAUGAUAAGAGACCAUGCAGCAUUCCUUUUAAGGAUAGAGAAAUAGUCAGGCCUCAAAGGAGCAAGUUCAACAGGAAUGGGAUGUUUAAUCUUGGGGUAAGUUGGGGGAGGGGCGCAUCCCUCUUCCUUCCUUACCUUCUUAAACAGUUCCAUUCAUGCUCACACUUGUCACACAAAGAGGACAGUUGCCUGCAUUUCUCUGGGUGGCUUUCAUGGAUACAGAGUGGGCAGGUCAAAAUAUCCUCUAUUUGAUUCUGUUAAAACAGGAGAGCUUUGUUUUCUAUUUUAAUCAAGGAAGGGUCCUAGUAAAGGAAAGAUAUGUACAGAAAAGACCAGCUAUAGGAGAGAUUCAUAAGAGAAUAUUUUCUAUAAAAUGACAAAAGAGCUACAAACUCAUCUUUCAUGGGAUACAUGACUCCCUGGCAGGCAGAAAGGUAGUCUGAGAUGAGCUAGAGAACAAGCCCCUUUGAUGCCUCAGGAGGAACAGACCAGAAUGAAACCCCAGCAAGGUUCUUGUACUUUUUCUGGAAAAAAAUUCUUCAAAAUUUCAAGGGCACAUCUAGUUCUGCCUCUUCAGAGGCCCGCUCAGUGCUACUUCUGAGUUCUCAAGGCAAGUGCCCUGUAAACACCAAAGUCUUGCAUUUUCCACUCUCAGCCAGCAGUGGCUAUCCUGAGUGGAAUGUUUUUCCCUUCCUUAAGUGAAAGGGACUUGUUUUCAGGAGAAGUGUCCUUUAAACAUCCAGCUAAAACUGGAGGUAAUUUUUUGCAUGAAUGGCUUUUUACAGCUAGGUCUAAAGCAGAACAAAACUUGUAUUAAACUAAGUGCUACUUUACAUAUCUUAUUUCAAGGGAAAUGAAGGAUUUAUUGCCGUGUAAAUGAUAUACACUGAUUUCUUUCCUACUGGACAUUACAUGUCCCUUUAUCUUUAGGCUGAUGUUGUGCAGCAAACUUUCAAUAUCUGGAAAAUCAGCUGGUACCUACUUCAGUGCACUAGCAGGACAUUAUGUUCCCACCGAGGAAUUUUGCAAAUGAAGUUUGGGUGCUGAUGCAACUGAUUUCCACCCCACCCCUCAUCCCUAAGCUUUCUGUACUAAAUAUCUGUAAAGUGAUUAUAUCUUGUCUGACCCCAUGUGUUUGUGUAUAUUUCCCAAUGUUUGUAAAACUAUAGUGGCAAUCUGAAGGGUUAUUUGUUUUUGUGGCAACUGCUGAACAAUGGGUGCGGCCUAGGGGACACAUGUGGCAUAUGUACGCAGCAGUAUUGGGGCCAAGAAAAUGUACUCACUGAGUUUGAGAAGUGGGGUGAGCAGCAAUAUGGCUUGGCUUGGAGGAUGUUCAAAAAUGGGUAGAGUGUUGCCAAGUUAUUGUUACUUGCUGAAGAACUUGAUGAAGCAGAGUUAGGAUGUGCUCACCCAGGUCUUAGAUUGCUUAUAUAAAUUCCAACUGACCAAUCUUCAGCUUUAUUUUUAACAGAACUAUUCUUUCAUGAGGCUCACUCUAUAUUCCACAGGCUGAUGGGAAAUGCCGAUCAUGCUUGCUUCCCAUGAUUGGAUUCCCGAGGAGCUGUUAAUAUAGCAGACUGUGGUGUUAGAUACACUAGGAUUAAGUCAUAGUGCCCCUUCCUUGAGAAGUCAUUCCUUCCAUUAUUUUCCUUUCUCACAAAUUAAUUCCAUUGUCUAUGCUAACUUUAUUUAGAUGUGUACAAGCAUUAGAGAAGCAAUCUAGUUAAAAUGAUGGCUGUGUUUACCUCUGGAGAACAGAUUCAUAGUCUUAUGCAAAACUCUUCCAGAAACUUAUCUUUUGUGAAACAGAGCAAAAUCAAAACAGAACAGAGCCAAGAGUAACUUGAUAAGAUGGCAAGAUGGCCCCAGGGUAGAAAGAAGUGUUCUCAGUUGACAGGAAGAGUUGUGUUGGAAAGGCAAGUACUCACCCUUCUUCUAGUCCUACCCUGCCUCCCUUCCUCCUCAACCUCAGAAGAAAACAGAAACUUAUUUUUUUAAACUGUAUUAAUAAUUUAUGUUUAAUACAAAAGGAUGAUUUAAUGGUAUCACCAAAGGUCAUAUCUCUCAUUGUGCAUGUCCUUCGCUUUCAACCCCAUACACUCAUCCCAUUCUUCACCCUCACUUCCAUCCCAAGGCAACUGUGUGUCUUCAUAAAAACCUAUGGGUGUUGGAGUUACAUGUGGGGGUAGACAUUUAACACCUGACACUAACAACCAAUCAUUCUUCACUUUUAAGUGACAAUUAUUACAAUAAGGAAAACUCUUUCCUUGGUUUUUGUUUGAAAUCAUUUUAUACAUAUAUAUGUAUAUAUGUGUGUGUGUAUGUAUGGACACAUGUAUGUAUAUGCACAUGUACAUGUAUAUAUGUAUAUACCCAUCUCAAUAUAAAUAUACCAUAUGUGAGAGUUGUAAAUACUCCUUGGUCAUGCAUCUGUCUUCCUCAUAGUAUCAUAUCUUCAAUGUUAUGUUAACGACUCCAUUUAUUGAUUGAUGAGAUCAUGUGUAGACCUGUAUCCUCCUGACAUAGUUUAUGUAGGGUCUCUUCUCAAAUAAAGUAUAAAACAACAAUG